AUGAGUUCUCGACCGGUCACAACCUUCGAGGUGGGUAUUCAAGAUAGCCAAGAUUUCCCCGAAGACAAUGGAAGCGAAGGAAAAAAGAAUCAGAAGGGAUCUGCACAUGACAAGGCCCGCAGAAAGAAUAAAGGAGGUGCAGAAGUCAUCAACGGCAAAGGGGCGAAAAAUGGUAAUUCGACAGACAAGCGAAAACAAGGCCAAAAGAAGAAAGCCACCGAGACCUCGAAUUUUAAGGAGAAAUCGAUAUCCAUUGUUGUAGGCGUGGACUUUGGGACAACGUAUUCAGGCUUCGCGAGUUCAGUUAAAACCUCGUCUUAUGAUAGGGUAACAAAACACCGAAAAUGGCCUUCAUGCAGCAACGCGCAGGAAAAAGUCCCGACAGUUGUUUCUUACAAUACUACUGACGAAGGACAGAAACGCUUGUCGUCUUGGGGUUACGCUGUGAAGUCCUCUUCGGAGGCAUAUACGUGGUUUAAGCUCGGACUGUCACAAACUCAGCGUAAACAUCGACUCGACGACCAACUUCUGUCAGAGGAAAUUAGCGAAAUAAAAUGCCCAGAUGGAAGGUCGUAUAAGAGUGUUGCUAUCGACUACCUUCAAAAGCUGUAUGCAUAUAUCUUAUCAGCUAUCGAGGAUGAACUCGGUGAAGCAACCUUUAGCCAGGUGGCAUUUCAUUUUGUUCUGGCGACCCCGGCUGGCUGGCCAGAUUUCGAUCGUCAAAAUAUCAAGAAUUGUGCAAAAGCUGCUGGUUUUGGUGCUCGAGAGAGCGAUAAAAUCUCGAUGGUUUCAGAGCCCGAGGCAGCCGCAAUUUGCGUUUUUCACACUUAUAGCACCAAGCUAGGAUCGGAGUGCCCAUUGAAGCCUGAAAGUAACGUCAUGAUUGUUGAUAUGGGGGGAGGGACGGUGGAUCUCAUCACUUACACUGUGAAAAAUCUCAAACCAUUUGAAGUUGAAGAGGCGUGCGUCGGUUCCGGGGCCAAAUGUGGAUCGACGAGCAUCAAUCGUCAAUUUCUAAAGUUCAUGGAAAGUCGAUUCGGAGACCAAUUCAAAAACAAACCACAAAAGGAUAUAGGUCUCAAAAGCAAGCUCAUGAAUGGAUUUGAAGACAUCAAGCGCAUGUUCACUGAAGACGCUGAUAGCCAGAGAGUACCCUUUCCAUUAGAGUGGGACAAUGCCGAUCAAUAUGACACAGACAAUCAAGAGAUAAUACUCACAAAUGAGGAGCUCCGAAGCAUGUUCGACCCGAUGGUGAAGAACAUUUUUGAGCUUAUCCAAGGACAGGUUGAAGAGGCUAAGAAGGAGACUAACACACCUAUAACUACAAUCAUUCUCUGCGGUGGGUUGGCCGAGUCGAAAUACAUUCGUUUUAAGAUCAAGGCAUUCUGCAACGAAUACCUCAAGACGGCUCAAGUUAUGAUCCCAGAGUCCCCAUGGUCAGCUAUCUGUGUUGGGGCGACAAUGAGCGGCCUAGACCCGAAUAAGGUCAUUAAGAGCAGAAGGGCACGACGUGCUUACGGAACCGUUGUUCACAGAAAGUUCGAGGAGGGGUUGUAUGAGGAGAGGGACGUAUUCGACUGCCCUAAAUUGGGAAAACGUGUUGGUAAUGUGAUGCAUUGGCACAUCAAAAAGGGGGAUCGUAAAUUGCCGAAUGAUAGGUACAAAUGGCUCACGAGAGGCUUUAUUGAUGUCGGAAAUGACGAUAAUGGAGAAAUCGAAGUUUUUUCUAGUGACCUAAAUGAUGCACCGAGUCGGAGGUAUCAUCCAGGAGUCGAUAAAAUCGGCUCUCUGCCAAUCGAUUUAUCCGAAAUUAUUGGUAAUAACUCUAGAAAGCGAAAAUCUGAAGACAUCGUUUCAGGGUUUUCAAGGAAGCGAAGGAUUCCAAUCCAAAUAGGGCAAGUGAUACUUCCACAGGCCGACAGUGUCGAGUUUGUUGCCCGUACUGGAAACAAGAAACUUGGAAAGGCGACGUUCAAUUAUGCCCCCAUAAUGAUAGACGGUAAAGCUGUUGCCGAUGUCGACGAUGAUGAUGCUCAGCCUGACGUUUGGCUCAUUCCUACCAGAGCCAACCCCACUAGUAACGAUGAAAAUCGGGAGAGGAGCACUGAGGAUGAGAGAAGUGGGUCAGAAUAUAGCAUCAAUGAUGACUCUAUUUUUGUUCCAAAGGCGCUUGAACUCAGCAAUAUCCAGUCAAGUCCAAUAAACCUAGACACUGAAGACGAGUCGGAGAGUAACGAAAACGGAGAGAGGGAAAUUGAUGACCAGGAGUUUAGAGAAUAUGAAGGGCUUGGAGAGGAUGAAGAGCUGGAAGAAUGUGAGGACCCUGGAGAAUAA